AUGGACUUCACGGAGAUCUACAAGCAGACGGCCUCGCUCGUCGCCUUCAGCCCGGGGACGCACUUCCUCCUGACCGCGGUGCAAGACCGGCUCGUCGUCCGCCGCGCCGACUCCUUCCAGAUCACGCGCACCUGGACGCUCGACCCCGCCCCCGCCCCCUCCUCCUCUUCCUCUACUACUACCACCUCCACCACCUCCACCACCGCCGCCGCCGCCUCCGGCGCCAGCGAGGGCUGGAUCACGCACGCGGGCUGGUCGUGCGACUCCGAGUACGUGAUGGGCGCGUGUGCGCGGCGCGGGCUCGUGGAGGUGUUCAGGCUGCGCGACGAGGCGUGGCGGGCGCGCAUCGACGCGGGCGUGGAGGGCCUCGUCAAGGCCGAGUGGGCGCCCGAUGGGCGCUCGGUGCUGUGCUUCUCCGAGUGGGGGCUGAGGGUGACGAUAUGGUCGCUCGUGAGUGGGAGUGCGACGUAUAUACAGUAUCCUGUCCAUCCUGAUCGCGGGUACGCGUUCCGCGCGGACGGCCGGUACUUUGCGCUGGCGGAGCGCCACAAGUCGCGGGACACGCUCGGCGUGUACGACGCCUCGGCGUCCUACCGGCUCGUGCGGCACUUCCCGCUCCCGACGUCCUCGCUCGCGGGCCUCGCGCUCUCGCCUACCGGCAACACCAUCGCCGUCUGGGAGGGCCCGCUCGAGUUCAAGCUGUGCGUGCUGACGCUCGCGGGGGAGCUCCUCGGGACGUUCGCGCCCGCGGGCGGCGCGGACCCCGGGUUCGGCGUGCGCGCGGUGGCGUGGCACCCCGCGGGGCUCUUUCUCGCCGUCGCGGGGUACGACGACAAGGUGCAUGUGCUGGAGAGCCUGACGUGGGCGCCGGUUGCGACGCUGGAGCUGCAGCAGCGCGUGCCGGCGGGGGUGACGGUGUGGCGGGAGCCGGAGAAGUGGCUGGACGCGACGCACGGGCGCGGGUUCCUGUCUUACGAGCGGGUGCGGGGGCCGACGACGCUGCCGGCGCCGCCGACGCGGGACCGGAGGAAGCCGCCGCUGUUGGGGCACGCGCGGGGGGCGGAGGCGGGGGGCGGGAUGCUGGGGUUCAACGUGGACGGGUCGCGGCUGCUGGUGCGGUUUGAGGGGGCGCCGCGGGCGGUGCACCUGUUUGGGCUGCCGGCGGUGGCGGACCUCGGGGCGCGGCGGCGGGAGAGGGAGAGGGCGGUGCGGCUGCGGACGGUGCUGGUGCAUGGGCGGGCGGUGGCGGGCGUGAGGUGGAACCCGGUGCGUCGGGGGCGGUUGGGGGUGUGUACGGGGGAGGGGAGCGUGUAUUUGUGGAGCGACGAGUGGGAGGGUGUGCCUGAGGCGGCUGCGGCGGGUGGGCAGGGGGAGGCGGUGGUGGAGGAGGUUGCGGAGUGUGUUGGGGUUCCUGCGAGUGCGUGUUUUUUUCCCCUUGGUUUGGUUUGGGUGGCUUUUUAUGUGGUUCUUCGUUUUUGGGGGCUUGAUGUUUGCUGGGGAGGUGCUGAUUUGGAGCCUCUUUUUCUGCAGAACAGUUUGCGACGCGAGGGCUUCGGUGGGCGCCGGACGGGCGGGGGCUGA